UUAUAAGCAAUUAUUGAUAAUUUUAAUAUUUGGACCGCUCUGCAAGGCAUUAUCUGUUAUACUCAGCCAAAGUCAGAGAUUAGGUUAUGUCCCUAAUACAAAGGGGAGGGAAAAUAGAUUAACAGUUUAGCUGCAUAAGCAGGGACCAUUUCAUUUGAAUUUACACACGCAAAGAACUGGAAUAUGCGUUUUUAAAUAUUUUUGCGUGAACUAUUGGAAGGUGUGGGACAUAGUAUUUCCUGUGAGAUAUCGACUAUCAUCAUCCAAUUGAAUCAACGGUGCCUGUCAUCUGGAGUAGUCGGUCGGAAAGUGAACAGAGAAUCUUCACGGCUCAAGUGAGAUGCACGCAUCAAUGCGGAAACGGCAGAACGCUAUGUCGUCGUCGUUCUUUCUUCCUAGGCCUGGAUCCAGAGACAUGGAAUCCUGUCGGCUGAAGCCCCAGUUCCACCUGGACCUGUGGGUCGGUUUCACUAUCCAGAACUGGUUGCUGGACUUUGGGAGGCCCAUUAUCAUGAUGAUCCUCCCUCUUGAUUGGUUCCCGCUGAACAGGCCCAGUGCUGGGGACUACUUCCACAUGGCCUACAACAUCACCACUCCGUUCCUCCUUCUCAAGCUGAUGGAGCGUAGCCCCAAGACCCUGCCCUGUUCCGCCGUGUAUCUGUGCAUCAUCACCUUUGUGAUGGGUGCCAGCAUCCACCUGGUGGGCGACUCCAUCAACCACCGUCUCCUGCUGAGUGGCUACCAGCUCCACCUGUCUGUCAGAGAGAAUCCAAUCAUUAAGGACCUCAAGCCUGCCUCACUGAUAGAUUCAUUUGAGUUGCUAUACUACUAUGAUGAAAAGAUUGGCCAUUCAAUGUGGUAUGUUCCCUACUUCCUCGUUCUCUUCCUCUAUUUCACCGGCUGUUUUACAUACAUCAAGGAGGAGAGGAUGCCGCUCACUGCCUGCCUUCUCCUCGCUCCCAGCGCCGUCUACUAUUGGUACCUGAUCACAGAAGGCCAGAUCUUCAUACUCUUCAUCUUCACCUUCUUCGCCAUGACAGCCACAGUGAUGCACCAGAAACGUAAAGGCUUUGUCCCUGACAGCAAUGGCCUCUUCCUGCUCUGCAGUUUCUCCAUCGCCCUGGGUCUGGUCUGUGUCUGGGUGGCUUGUCUCUGGAGUGACCAGGUCCUCCGCAAGAAAUAUCGUGGGGUCAUCUACAUUCCGGAGCCUUGGGCCUUUUACACUCUGCACAUCAGAGACAAGGGGGUAUCAGUUUAAGCAAGAAGAGGCAAUAAAUUGCUUCUCUUGAUCAUCCAUAUUAAAAUGAGCACCUACUUGGAAUGCAAGGGCAUUUGUGGAUCAGUGACCCAGUCCGACUGCUGUGAUGUCAAACUUAAACACGCGCAAGUGUGGGCUUGUGUGGGUGAUAAACAGGAAUAGAAUGUGAGUUUAUUAUGCAUAACAUAAAUAAAUAUGAGGUACUUUUGGAACUGUGCCGCAAAUCUUUUUUUCCUGCCAAUGUACAUAACAUUUAUUUUUUAGCACAUGAAAGAGCAAAUAUGUAAUGCAAUUCCUUUGUAAAAUACAGUAUUUUUCAGAGUGGAGACAGGGUGAUUUAA